GCCCCGGCAAGAUGGCGGCCCCCAUGGAGCUCAGCUGCUGGGGAGGAGGCUGGGGGCUCCCUUCGGUCCACAGCGAGUCCUUGGUGGUGCUGGCUUAUGCCAAGUUUUCUGGCGCGCCCUUGAAAGUCAAUAUUAUAGAUAACACCUGGAGAGGGUCAAGAGGUGAUGUACCAAUUUUGACAACUGAAGACAGCAUUGUUUCUAAGCCAGCAAAAAUUCUAAACGUUUUAAGAAAACAGAAAUAUAAUGUGGACUGUGAGCUCUCAGCAAAACAAGGGGCAGACACACUGGCUUACAUUGCUCUCCUGGAAGAGAAACUUCUCCCUGCUGUGCUUCACACCUUCUGGGUGGAGAAUGAGAACUACUUCACCGUGACAAAGCCGUGGUUUGCCUCUCGUAUCCCUUUCCCUCUGAGUUUAAUCCUGCCGGGAAGGAUGUCUAGAGGAGCCCUGAAUAGGAUUCUCUUGACAAGGGGAGAACCUCCCCUCUACCAUGUCCAAGAAGUGGAAGCACAGAUAUAUAGAGAUGCCAGGGAGUGCCUAAAUCUCCUAUCAAACAGAUUGGGAACAUCUCAGUUUUUCUUUGGUGACACGCCUUCCACCUUGGACGCCUAUGUGUUCGGUUUCCUUGCGCCUCUUUAUAAAGUGAGUUUUCCCAAAGUUCACUUACAGAAGCAUCUGAAACAGCUCUGCAACCUGUGCCGCUUCUGCGAUGACAUCCUGGACAGCUACUUUAGGCCAGGCCCUGGAGGUGUCUCCCCAGCUGGACAAGAAAUGGUAGAUGCAAACCUGCAGAAGCUCACGCAGCUUGUAAAUAAGGAGUCCAACUUAAUUGAGAAGAUGGAUGGCAACCUCCGCCAAAGCCCUCAGCUUCUUCCUAGGAAGCUGCCGACCCUCAAACUGACUCCAGCAGAAGAGGAGAGUAAUUCCUUGCAGCUGCUGUCACCCUGACAGUCACCGCCAAUUGCAGCUGGUCUUAUGAUUGUGGCAGUCAUUGCUGAUGCCAAGUGUACAGAGACCCAAAGAAUGCUGUAAUACGUUUAAGGCUAAAGCAGAGGGAGCUGUAUCUGACUCUCUUUUUAAAUUAGGAAAGCUAUUAUUUUAGCUUGGCAGUGCAUUUUAAAUAAAGGUGAAUGCUAAGCGAACUGGGUGGGUGGGUGGGCAGGACAAGCCCAUGGUACUGUAUAUAAAAAUCCUGCCUUAACCUUGGCAGAUCUUUGCCUUUGGUUCAGGUGUUGCUGACCAAAAGCUGCAAUUCUGAUGUGAAUGUACAUUUUUAACGUAUUUAAGUUAAUUUAUUAACUUAGUUUUUCUUAGACUCGUCUCAGUACAUAAUAUGUGGCUUUUUGGCUGAGACCUUAUUCUUUUAAGAAGUCUGAUGCUGAUUUUAGGAACCAGGAAAAAUAGAAAUUAUUUUAAUAGAAAAGCCUGUAUUUAAUUUUAAAAAGCAAUGAGGAAUAUGCCUCUUAAUUGUUCUCUCAUAAGUCUGCUCCUUUGGCAGUUUAGUACUACAUAUGCAAAUGUUAAAGGUGGUUUAUAUAAUACCCCUGAUAACGCACGCACGCAUGCAAGCACGCAAGCCAGUGUGACUAAGUACUUGCUGAUAGGUUUGCUCUAAGCUAGCAGAGAUGAACAUGGCAGCCUUAGACCUGUGUAUUUAGUACACCGUUGCUUACUUGUCUCAUUCUUAUAUCAACUCCAGAACUGGAAAUCUAGCUGUCUACUGUAUUGUUAUUGUGCUCACCUAACUGUUCAGCCUCCUUGGGAUGAGCCGUGGCGAGCGUCCUGGAUCUGCUCCUGUGUGUCAGGUCUCAGUGCUCCAUUUGACUCAAAGCAGUUUGUUUCCUAAUACGCAUAUCAUGUAGUCACACUUUCUGACAAACUAUUAUUUCCUGUGCAUUUUUAAUUAUAGUUGCAGGAUCCAAAGGAAUGAGUCAAAAAUAGCGGGUUUCUGAGACAAUUUACAGUUAUUGACUGUGAAUGAGCUGUUCAAGGAUUUGCUGUGUGGUAGUUUUACAUAUAAUAGAAACUUGCUGAUUUUAGUGGCCAAGGUGCUUCUGUUAUUGUAAAACUACUUCUGGGAUUUUAAAAAUAGGACCAUGUUUAGGAUUAGUGUCUUACAAGAUUACUGUGGUGCUCAGAAAAUGUUGCCAAGUUCUGCAGAAACCAGGCUGUGUUGUCUAGAGACUCGGCUACUGUGAGCAGAGCGGAGCUCGGCUGCAUUUGACCUACAUCGCCCCAGGUUGCUCUGUUUUUUGGUAGAUGUAAGUCUUAGGUCACUGUAAAUCCUCAUUCUUGAAGCUUUAAAUAAGACACAGGUAGUCCUCACAGUCCCAUCCACCUCUGUGAGUGCAUUUGCAUUUAGGACAUGUACUCAACGAGUUUCACAGAGAUGCUUUAACAAAGGGUGUGUGUUCAUGUGUGUGUGUGUGUGUGUGUGUGCGCGCGCGCGCGCGCGCGCGCGUUCGUGUGCGUGUGUGUGUGUGUGUGUGUGUGUGUGUGUGUGUGCGCGUGCGCGUGUGCGCAUGAGAGUGCGAUGUAGGGGUGAAUGUGUGCUAGUGAGUGUGGGUUUGUGCAUGUGUGUGUGAGUGAAUGUGUGUAGGGUAAGUAUGUGUGUACGUGUGUGUGGUGUAUGUGUGUACGGGAGGUGUGAGUGUAUGUAUUUGUGCGAUCUCCUAAAACAAGUUACAACAAUCUGAAAUCUGAGUAUAUCUGAGUAUUGUGUUUUAAAUUUAAUGAUCAAGAGGCUUCGUUGUCUCUAGGAUUGACUUUAUAUUGAAGAAGGAUGGUUGACACAUUAGUCAUGUAUCUGUUUAUGCUUUAAUCAGGCUUAGUCAUUUUCAACUAUUAUUAAUGGUAAACCUUCCAAAAAGUAUUUGGCGUAGUCUAUAAUUGUAAAAUGCACGUAAGAAUAGGAUGAUUCUUUUGGAAAGCUGUGACAACUCCUAAGAGAAAGAGCCGUACUAACAGGGCUAGAUUGUGAAAUCUCACUCUGGGGGGAUGUUAGAAGGUGAUCCUGAGUAAGUUCUGCUAAUGUCUGUGAGGAAGGAGCAUGGGCUUGCAUGAUAGAAGAAUGCAGCAGACCAUGUUCCAAAGACUCUAGACUUCAACCAAGGAGUUACUGUACUGUUUGUGCACCAAACUCUUCCUAAUUAUUUUAGAAUAACAAGCACUUGUUCUUUUUAGUGGAGAGGAUGUCUGUAAAGUGACUUUUUUUUUAUGGCUCUGAACUGCCUUUAGCCUUAUAUUCUGUAGCCCAUGUGCUUCAAGACCACAUUUCUGAGCUGCCGAACCUUAGUUAGCUGAGUAAGAACUUAGAUGUUAGUACUGAGUCAGCUCUGUUUGUCUGAGUAAAUGGGACAGGAGGAAGCUGUAACUGAGCACAGAAUACUUCAGGGACCAGGCAGUUCCUCAGACUGGACAAAGGGCCGUGGUGACCCUGUCAGGAUGUAUGUGCGUGAGUUUGCUGGGGAAAGUGGUCCACAGCCCUGACCAAACACUGUGAGCCUUGGGUUUCAGAGGUGGUGGUAGCAGACAGCAUGGAAACAGGGAUUAUGCCCAUUUUUAGUUUUGUUGAUUUUACAGAGCUAGAAAAAAAAAUUAGUUUGCUAAUUCCCACAGGAAGACACCCUCAGUGAGCACUGUCAUCACGGUGAUGACCUGAUACUGAAGGCACCACGGACAAGGGCGUGAGGGGACUCCACAAAAGGCCCACAGUAACAAAUGCCCGGGUACUAGAGGACCCGAUACUUUUUGGAAGCAACCAUUUUUAUUUCCAGUUAUAAUCCCUAAAAAUUUAUAACUGAUAAAUACAGUAACACAGGGAACAAAGAUACUUAAGUUAGAUCUAAGUUAAAGUGUUUUCAAAGUUUAAAAAUGGGCAAAAUGAACAUCAACAGAGGCAGAAACUUGUGGAAUAUUGUAAGAAAACCACUUUGUUCAGGUGGUAUUUGAAUUGGGUACUGCAUCUCAGACAUGCACCUACCAAGCUUGCUCAAAAUGUUUUUUUUUGGUAGGGUCAACAGUUUUUCAACAGCCGCAACCAUAACCACUCAAAGGCAGAAUAUAAAUAUUUAAAUAUGCUUGGGAGCUGAAUGGAUGGCUCAGUACUUGAGAGAACGUACUGCUCUUGCUGAGGACGUGGGUUCAGUUCCCAGGACCUCUAGCAGGUGGUUUACAACCUUCUGGAACUCUAGCUCCAGGGGAUCUGGCACCCCCUUCUGGAAUCCAUGAGCACCUGUACUCAAAAUUUUCCUGUACCCUCCCCCCAAUACACAUAAUUAACAGUAAAAUAUAUUUAAAUAUACUUAGGAAGCUGGAUGAUGGGGCCAUGGAAUAUCUCCUUUUAUUUCUAUAAUGCUUUAAGAGUCUAUAAUUAUUCCAAAAUAAAAGGAUUUUCAAAAAGCAAA